AUGUCUACAAAUCACGCCCAACUCCCGACAUACACCGACUACGAUGCCAAGCAGCCAUUGCUCGAGACUGGCGCACGUCUCAACGAGGAGAACGAGGUCCUUGUAGUCGGUGACGAUCGCACCUGCGGUCGUAACGGCCAAGGCUUCUUUGGUCGCAUGCGUGCUCGCUGUGCUGCUCGUUGCGCAGCCAAGUAUGGACCUCCAUGCGAGAACGAGAGAUGCGUAAAGCAGGCCAGGAGGAGACGUCGUUUCAGACUGUUCUUCUUUGGCCUUAUCUCUCUCUUCGUGAUCACGCACUUGCUCAAGGGAGCAUAUAUGUUCUAUCGUCUCCCCAAGCACGUCCACUGCCAGGAGAUCACCUCGACCGAGUCCACAUUCGACUAUGCCCUUCCGCGCAGUCUGAUGGUCGACUACUCGCUCACUGGCACCGGAACUACGUCUAUCACCCACUCAUCUGAAAUCCCGUCUGACCAAGUUUCUGUCCGUGUCGAAUUUGAGUCGCUUGAGGAAGACGAAAAGGUCUACCUCUGCGCUGCCCAGUUCAAGAAGCGAUUCCUCGCAGUCGGCGCAUACGCAAAAGAUCACGAGGGUGAUAUUCCAAAGGUCAAGAAGACAACCAUUGUCCUCCCCGAGGAUGCCAAGGCUCCGAGCAUUCGGUUUGGCACCAAGAAGGCUGGGAGAUGCGCUGAGAAGAUGGUCAGGAAGAGGAUCACUUUGGAUUGA